AUGCAUCGUUCGGCUCAACAUUUUGGUGUUUCGGUCCCGGAAGUCUGCAAAAAGUUCUCUAAGAAGCUGUUUAAUCUUGCUCCAAUCCUCGGCUUUGCUGAUGCUUCUGCGGUCAUUGAUGAGCUGAGCCGAUCGGUAACCAACGCUCUCGGUAAUGAGAACUGUUACACCACUACUCUCGCCGAUUGUCAACCUGACGGGAAGAUCUGUAUAGUUCUGGAAGAACUGACACGCCCCGUGCUCCUCUCCUGCACAGAAAGUGAGUUUCGGCAGAUCAGGAGGAUGUUGAGAACGGCAUCUGGAAUUAUUUGGCUCACUCGUGGGAGCUCUUGCGCUUUGCCUGACAGAGCACUUAUCACUGGCUUGGCUAGGGCUGCCAGGUCCGAGAACAAUAGCUUGAGGUUCAUUACUCUGGACACAGACCUGACCAGGCCUUUAUGUCGAACCACAAAAUCUAUCGUUGAAUUCUACAAGGAUAUUUCUCAAGGCAUUGGCCACGGGGAUUCGGAGGGCCGCGAGGAUUCAGAAUACCUUGAGGAACAGGGCAGCUUAUACGUCCCUCGUCUCAUUCAGGAUGAGAGCAUAUCUAGAUAUAUAACAGGAAUCGGACAAGAGUCUGCUCAGGACCUAAAAGUCAUAUGUGCCACACGGCCUCUGAAGCUUGAUAUUACUGUACCUGGAAGACUUGAUACCCUACAGUGGACUGAGUGUGAAAGCUCGGUGUCUCAUUCAGAGCCAGACGAAAUAGUAGUUGAUGUUAAGGCUCUCGGCUUGAACUUCCGCGACCUAAUGAUCGCACUUGGCCAAUUUAGCGAUGCGUCUGAGAUGACGGGGGAAUGCAGCGGUGUGGUGAAAGCCGUCGGCACUAAUAUUCGACAUGUCUUCAAAGUUGGAGACCGAGUCUGUGGUUGGUCAGCCUGUGGGUUUUCCUCAUAA